AUGGAAUGGGAGCGGGACAAGCUACUGAGCAAGCUCGAGGAAAGCGAACCGGAUCCACCCACUUCACAGGAGGAUGAGUGUGUCAUCUGCAUUAAUGCGCGCGCUACCAUGCAAACAUCGCCUUGCGGUCAUCGCGUCGUCUGUCGACGCUGCUUUGUCAAGACAAUACAAAGUGCCGUCGCUCAACGAUUGCUGCCUUUGCGCUGUGUCAUAUGUCGUGCACGUGUGAAUCGACUCACCUCCAGCUCGGGCACAUGGCGCAUACAGGAAUCGGCUAGCAGCUAUUCCAUGGGUGCCAAAAGCUGGGCUUCCGCUGGUGUUGAUGCUGGCGGUGUGCACGCUUCGGCCAGUUCCUAUUCGAUGGGCGAUGCACAUAGCGGUCACCAAGCCUUCCACCCACAUCCUGCACUACACGGACGCUAUCCACGCAGUCCGAAUGGGGGCGGUCGUGUCGCACAAUCGGAUAGCUUGUACUCGAUGAGUUCGACUGGUUCAUCGUCGCUGUCGGGCGUUUCGCAUAUGUCCGCCUACUCUAAGACGUCUUCCAUUUCGAGUGGUCUCUGCUCACCCGCCUCACCCAUAUCACCAUCAGCCAUGUCAGCGUAUACGCAAACACCGGUGCUGAAUAAUCAUUUAGCGCCACCAGGUGCCACCACCGCGCAUGGCACACUUUCACUAUCGCCUUCCGGUUCGGCGUCAGGCUCAUCCGUAUCGGGCUCGCUGUCGCCACGCGAUGACCACCAUCAUUCACAUUCACAUUCGGGUGGUUGUCCAGCAGGCUGUUCGGGUGCCAUACCACGCAAGCCGCUCAAUUCGUUGAGUAACUCAUCGUCGAGUGGUUCGAGCAUUAGCAGCUGCAGCAGUUUUCCACCAGCGACGCACACCUAUCCCGGGCGAAGGCAUACCAAGGGACGACUGACGGACCUACAAAAUCGACUGCCACCAAUAAAAGAGUUCCGCAGUCCAGCCAAAGUGCCACAUCCCUCGCCGGUGCACAUCAGCAAUCCGCGCUUUCGGUAUGCCUCUUACACCAAAUCCUCAUCAAGCGCGCAUGAAAUUGCGCCACUGCUACGGGAACCGCCUUCACCACCCAAACGACCCAUGAACAUACUAGUGGGUUCAGAGUCAACCAAUGGCUUGGGUCCACCACCGCUCAAGGCUGGCGGGAGUGCCAAAAUUAGUCCUAUGGUAGCCAAGAACUCGCUACCGAAGAAUGCCUAUACUUUGGGCAACAAAGAUAAGAAAGGUGUUGGAAAUAGCAGCUGCAAUGUCCAGAAGGCGAAUGGAAAACUUACGGGCACAACAUUAGGUGGUGGCAAUAAUAAGAAAGCGACACAUGAUGCUAACGGUAAUACCAUUUCAUCAGCGGCGACUUCAAUAGCGAAAUCUUCAGCGGGGACUCAAAAUAGUAACAAUAAGGCGUAUUCGGCGCCAACUUCACGCUCGAACUCUUCCAGCCGAAGUUUUCCACUAUUCUCCAACAGCAAUAGCAAUCACAAGGAGAAAUCCGACAAUAAGAAGAAUGAAACUAUGGAACGCAAAAAGAAGGAGGAAAAACUUAAACUGAAAGCGGAAAAGGAAGCGAGAAAGGUGGGUGCACGUCAACGUGACGCUACGACUACAACACAUACUAACAGUGUUUGUAAUAAGGACGAACACAGCAGAAAUGAUAAACAAAAAAAUAUUAAAAAUGAUAAUGAUGAUGAUAAUAAUGAUGCUCCUAACGACGAAGGUGGUCUUAGUGGCGGUGGUCGAAUUGAUGGUGGUGGUGGUGUCGGUGGUGGGUUAUUAUGCUUGUAUGGUGGUUUGGCUGCCUGGAAAGUGAUGUCGGAGGAGAAGCGUCUCGCCAAAGAAGAAGAUCGUCUGGCGAAGUUAAUUGCUAAGGAGGAAAAAAAGAAAGGUAAAAAGGAAGCCAAGGAGCUACUCAUCGCGAAUGAUGGGAACAGUAAGAAGUAAGGGGUAUGGAAAAUGGGGGCUGCUUGUAGCAGGGAACAACAGCGGAUGCGUCAUAGAAAAAGGAGCAGAUGUAUACUACAACUUACAAAAACAAAGCCAAUUAUAUGUACAUAUAUGCUAGCAACAAAUUCACUACUAAAAGAACUAAACUAAACUACUUCGCGUAGUAGGAGUACUAAAUUACUGACAAAAUGUACUAUUUCACACCCCAAAAGUACUAGAUCGUAUUCAUUAAGUACUAAAUUACAGACCAAAAGUACUAAAUUACAUUCAUAAAGUACUAAAUUAGGUAAUAUAAGUGCUAAAUUGCAUACAUAAAGCGUUAAGUUACUUGCUUAAAGUACCAAAUUUAGUACUAAAAGUACU